CUCAGCAACAGCACAGUAUCCAAUCAUCUUCUUCACUACACAUUGACAUAUCCGUCUCAUUUUCAACUAAUUUUCCCGUUGAAAACCUCCAUUUUCAUGCAAUUUCCCCCAAAUUCGCCAUGAAAUCUCUCUUCCACAACUCAACUCUCUCAAUCCACCACACAAAUCGUAUCAAAACCUCACCAAUCGAUACAUACAACCGUCAGUUUCAACAAUUUUCCACAACAGAUGCACAACCGAUCAGUUUCCGCAUAUCUCGCCAACAAAACUGCCGGUUGACGAUCAAAUCGGUGCUAGAUUCAGCUUCAAUCGAUCAGUAUUUCGGACUCACGGAAUCAGAUGCACGUAAUCCUACUUUGUCGACUUCGUUUAGGGUUCCGAUGCACCGGAAGCCUAAUCAGACGGUGUUAGAAGCUCAGGCUAGGGUUUGUACUGGACCGACUCAGACUAAACCGCUCACUGAAGAACAAGCGUUUAGAGUUUUGGAUACUAUAUUAAGAUCUGUCAAGGGAGAACUGAAAGAUGAAGAAGAGGUAUCAAAGGCACAACUGGGAGCAUUUUUCGCAGCUAUGACAAUUCGUGCAAAUGCGUUUCCAGAACCAACCCAAUGGAGUGAAGGUGAAAGGCGUGCAAUAGAUGCAUACUGGCCACAUUUAGUCCGGGCCCUACCUUCAGAUAUAAUUUUUUUAGCUGAUCCGGAAGGUUCUAUAAUGAGACUUGGGAAUUCAAUCGGCCCACAAUACGUCGGUAACGGGAGUUAUGAAAUGAGACUCGUGGGUGCCUUGAGGGAAAUUUUAGCCGGUGGUCAUCUUGGUUAUGAAGAAGUUCAAGGUGUUUUGAAAGAUGUUCUUCCGUUGAAAAAACAUGGUACAGGUGGUACUGUAAGCGAGUCACUGUUGUCGGCGUUUUUAAUCGGUCAACGAAUGAACAGGGAGACAGACCGUGAGCUAAAAGCAUACUGCCUUGCGUUUGAUGAUGAGCUUGGUCCUUUGCCGGUAGCUGAUGUUAGAUCAUUGACUCAUUAUGGUGAACCUUAUGAUGGAAACACGCGUUUCUUCAGGAGCACACUCUUUGUUGCUGCUGUUAGAUCCUGUUACAAUGAAGCGUGCCUUCUCCAUGGUGUUGAUUGGAUGCCACCAAAGGGUGGCAUAACUGAGGAGCAAAUGCUAAAAUUCAUGGGAGCAAAUACCAACGUAACACCAUUACAGGCUAAAAAGCUUCUUGAGGAUGAAGCAGUUGGUUUUGCUUAUGUUAGUCAACGGGAAGCUCGCCCCUCUUUAUAUUCAUUGAUUGAGAUGCGGGAACAUAUUAAAAAACGUCCACCGUUAGCAACAGCUGAAAAGGUUCAGCAAUAUGUGAGGGCUACAGGUAAAGAAGCAAUUGUUGCAGGAUUCUACCACGAAGGUUAUGAAGAACCACUUCUGAUGCUCAUGAAACGAAGAGGUGUUCAUGCUGGUUUGGUGGUUAAGGGCGAAGAAGGAGCACUUUCAAUGACAAUGAAAUCCCGAUCCGUGAAUGCAUCAAAAGGACUUCCUGUUAAUUACUGUUCUGGUUUUCGCUCACUCAACACUCCACCAGCUUAUGACGUUGAUGGAGUAUCUCGUGAGAAUUUUUCCGUUGUUGUGGAUCCAAAAGAUUAUGGCUUUGAACCCUCGGACACUCCAAGAACUGAUAAAUCGGUUUCGAAGAACAUAGAACUGGGGUUAUCAGCUCUACAGGGAGAAAAGGGGCCAGCGUAUGAUCGGAUCGUAUUAAAUGCUGGGAUGACCGAUCACUUACUUGGAUGUACAGGCGCAGAAGAUGUAUCAACUGCACUUGAUCGAGCCCGUGAAGCCAUUGACAGUGGUGAAGCGUUGAAUCGACUCUUGAAUUACAUAAAGAUUUCUCAUAGAGUCAAGUGAACAUGUAACAUGCUGAUGCAAUACUUUUCUUUUUGAUCGAAACACACAACAUACAAUUGAGUUGUAGUUUGCCUAUAAAGGAUUUUGUUUUUGCAGUACAUGUUAAAAGUGAGGAUACUUUGAACAUAUAUAUAUAAAUUUUUGGUCUUACUCA